UACAAGUGUGUUUCCAGCUCUCACUGAGCUCCAGCGUUCCCAGCAUUACAAGUGUGUUUCCAGCUCUCGCUGAGCUCCAGCGAUCCCAGCAUUACAAGUGUGUUUCCAGCUCUCACUGAGUUCCAGCGUUCCCAGCAUCUCCAAGUGUGUUCUUCUUCAGCAUCGUUCACAAGUCGUCACUCAUUCAGUGUUCUACAGCAUCGUUCACAAGACAUCACUCAUUCAGUGUUCUUCAGCAUCGUUCACAAGGCAUCACUCAUUCUGUGUUCUUCAUCAUCGUUCACAUUUCUUCGUACAGCGUUCUUCAGCAUCGUUCUUAAGUCAUCAUUCAUUUCUUCAUUCAGUGUUCUUUGACAUCGUUCUCAAGCAUUGGUUACUUAUAAAGCUGCAUGAGGAAGACCUACAUCCGGCCGUCUCUGUUUCGACCCAGCUACGGUUCUUCUUCCCGACCAUCAGAAGAAUCCCUGAGUACCCAACUCUCUCAUCCCAGGUGUCUUAUUAAGGAUUUUGAAAAGAGGCCAUCAGUCAUCCAUCUGCUGGAGCAUCCAUUCAUCAGACAGGCGCAUGGUAAAGACAUGGCCUUGCAGAAACAGCUGUCCAGACUCAUCUGCACUCAACAGCAAUCCGGCUCCAUAUCAAAAACUAGGUAUGAACGGAUGCACACGAGACGGCCCUAUGUGCUACAGACCAAGGAACCUGCAUGUCUGGAUGAUGACCUGGUCAACCUGGAGGUUCUAGAUGAGGAAACUAUAAUACAACAGUUGCAGACACGAUUUGCUGACCUACAGAUCUACACCUAUGUUGGAGAUAUUUUAAUAGCCUUAAAUCCGUUCCAGAAUCUCAGCAUUUAUUCCCCACAGUUCUCCAAGUUGUAUCAUGGAGUGAAACGUGCUUCUAAUCCCCCACAUAUAUUUGCCACGGCAGAUGCGGCAUACCAAGGAAUGGUGACUUUCAGCAAAGAUCAGUGCAUUAUAAUCAGUGGAGAGAGCGGAGCGGGGAAGACGGAAAGCGCUCAUCUGAUUGUGCAGCAUCUGACCUUCCUGGGAAAGGCUAAUAACCGCACACUGAGAGAAAAGAUUCUACAAGUGAACCCUUUGGUGGAAGCUUUUGGAAAUGCCUCCACUGUGAUCAAUGACAACUCCAGCCGGUUUGGAAAGUAUCUUGAAAUGAUGUUCACACCAACAGGGGCCGUAAUGGGCGCAAAGAUCUCUGAGUAUCUGUUGGAGAAGUCCCGGGUUAUAAAACAGGCUGUGGGCGAGAAAAAUUUUCAUAUAUUUUAUUACAUCUACGCUGGACUUUAUCACCAUAAAAAGCUCUCUGAAUACAGUCUCCCAGAUAAAAAGCCUCCUAGAUAUAUUGACAAUGAGAGAGGUUCAGUCAUGCAAGACAUUAUCUCCAAGGAAUCCUACAGAAGGCAGUUUGCAGCCAUUCAGCACUGUUUUAGGAUUAUAGGAUUUAGUAACGAGGAAGUCCAUUCAGUGUACAGGAUUCUGGCUGGAAUACUAAACACAGGAAAUAUUGAAUUCACUGCUAUAUCUUCUAAACACCAAACCGACAAGAGUGAGGUUCCUAAUGGAGAAGCCUUAGCAAACGCUGCCACUCUGCUCAGCAUUGGUGCCGAAGAGCUGCAAGAGGCCCUGACCUCCCACUGCGUAGUCACCAGAGGCGAGACCAUCAUCCGCACGAACACUGUGGAUAAAGCCGCCGAUGUGAGAGAUGCAAUGUCCAAAGCUCUGUACGGACGCCUUUUCAGCUGGAUUGUCAACCGCAUUAACACACUUCUCCAGCCUGACAAAAAUAUAUGCAAUGCUGAUAGCGGGAUGAACGUGGGCAUUCUGGAUAUUUUUGGAUUUGAAAACUUCAAACGGAAUUCUUUUGAACAGCUUUGCAUUAACAUUGCCAAUGAGCAGAUCCAGUUUUAUUUUAACCAGCACAUAUUUGCACUUGAGCAGAUGGAGUAUCAGAGUGAGGGGAUAGAUGCCGCCAUGGUAAAGUAUGAGGAUAACCGCCCUCUCCUAGAUACUUUCCUGCAGAAACCAAUGGGCCUUUUGUCUCUGCUAGAUGAAGAGAGCAGAUUCCCACAAGCAACAGACCAGACUUUAGUAGAUAAAUUUGAAGAUAAUCUAAGGUGCAAAUACUUCUGGCGGCCAAAAUGUGUUGAAGUGUGUUUCGGCAUUCAGCAUUAUGCUGGGAAGGUACUCUAUGAUGCCUGUGGAUUCCUCGAGAAGAACCGAGACACUCUCCCAGCUGAUGUUGUGGUGGUGUUAAGGACAUCAGAAAAUAAACUUCUUCAGCAACUGUUCUCCAGCCCAUUGACCAAAACAGGUAAUCUGGCUCAGUCAAGAGCACGAGUGACAGCAGCAUCUAGAUCUUUACCCCCACAACUCAAUGCUGGGCGUAUUAAGGUGGACACGAUGGAAAUGAUGAGACAUCCAGGGGAAACGACAAAUAUGAAAAGACAAACUGUGGCUUCCUAUUUUAGGUACUCACUCAUGGACCUAUUAUCCAAAAUGGUGGUUGGGCAGCCUCACUUUGUCCGCUGCAUUAAGCCAAAUGAUGAUCAAGAGGCAAUGAGGUUCUCUCGGGAGAGGGUGCUCAUGCAGUUACGCUAUACAGGAAUUCUGGAAACCGUCAGCAUCCGGCGGCAGGGAUAUUCUCAUCGUAUCUUAUUUGAGGACUUCCUAAAAAGGUAUUAUUAUCUUGCCUUCAAAGCACAUGAAAACCCACCAGCAACAAAAGAAAGCUGUGCUGCAAUACUAGACAAAGCUAAACUUGACAAGUGGUUACUUGGGAGAACUAAGGUGUUCCUGAAAUACUACCACGUGGAGCAGCUAAACCUCUUACUGCGAGAGGUGAUUGGACGAGUGGUGGUGAUGCAAGCCUAUACCAAAGGGUGGCUCGGUGCAAGGAGAUAUAGAAAAGUGAAACAGAAAAGGAACAAGAGUGCUGUCUGCAUCCAGGCUGCAUGGAGAGGAUAUGAUUCUCGUAAGAAAUUCCAGGAGCUGAGGUCUAAACGAAAUGAAGCGGCUGUUCUUAUACAAGCAGCUUUUAAGGGAUACAUUGCAAGAAGGAAUUAUAUUGUAAUCAAGAAUAGCCAAUCAUUCGCUCUCACAGAUGAAAUGUCAUACAAUACAUACACCAAUCACAGCAAUGGAACCUGGCAAGAGAAUGGUGACACGAUCCAUUUCACAGAGUCACGCAGGCCGGAGCAGCCGUCAGAGCAGGAUCUGGAUGCCUGUAUAACUGAAGUUAGGAAUCGGAUAGUUACUAAUAAAGCACACGUGGUUGGAAGUAAACGGAAUUCGAAUUUCUGUGCAUCUCGCAGGAGUACAGGUUCAGAGAAGUUCAUUGAGAAGAAGUUGAGGACAACACGGAGGCGUUGUCAGCAGCCCAAAACCCUGAGCAGCCCAGAGGACAACUUGUACUACAAUCAGAUUAAUGGAACUCUAGAAUAUCAAGGGAGCAAGAGGAAGCCAAGAAAACUUGGCCAAGUCAAAGUUUUAGAUGGUGACGAUGAAUAUUACAAACUACUAUCAGCUGCUGACUCCAUUCCUGAGGAGGAUCUAUCUGUCAGCUCCCCUUUAGCACAGCAAGGAUUUUUUUUUGCCUCAAACUAAGUUCUGUUCGUUAAUCCGGCCUGCUGCAAAAUGGGUGGCGUCAAGAUAAGAAGAAAAACAGGAAGAUUUUGUAUAACUGUCUUAUUGGGCACUAAAGCAAUUUUUUUUUUUAAUUUACAAAGCAUUAGAUGAUGUUUUAUACAAUGUAUAAAUUGGUUUUGAUACAUGUACUUCUGACUUAUUACACAUUAUCAAACAAAUAAGUUGGUUGAUUUGCUUUUUUUUUUUUCUACAAAGUAUGUUCCAUAUUCAUUUUUGGAUCUUUGCUGGAUCCUUCACAAAUUAUACCUAACACUAUGU